GGGUUGGGUCUUCCAGGCGCAGAGCAGCAGGAGGCUCCUCGGCGGCGCCCGGAGAGUGGGUCUGACCUGCAGCACCGCUGUCCCCACCGUGCCCCUCGCACUCCCUGAACCUCUGCGGGGGAGAGGGCGAUGAAGAGGAGGCCUCGCUGGAGCUGGUAGGUGGCCUCCACAGUGCAGGUGAACCUUUGGGAAGGGCAGCAAGGGCAUUGCAUUCACUGAAAAUAGCACUACUUUAGCAAGAACGUCGAAAAGGAGUAUUUCUGCUGAGUUUUGUGCAGUAGAAGCGGGUGCUGCUGGCGUGACCGGGCAGGCAGCUUUGCUGGAGGAGCGUUCCCACACUUCCAUCACUGCUGCCCUUCGGUUUCACGGGUGCCAUGUGUUUGGGUUCCCUUUAGAGGUUCAUCUGCUGCUGGAUUUUAGGGGCACGGUUUGUCUGUCACGUCACGACCCACGUAAAAAGCCAAAGUGCAGGAGAGUGGCUCUCAGCAGCCCGUCCCGCUGCCAUCACGCCUUCCCUUGGGUGCCGUGCGGGUGCUCCACGUGGUGUCCAGGGGACAGAAAUGCUUCUGUAUGUUUAUUUCUCCAAUCCCUUGCUGUAUUAUUGUAGCUGUUGAAUAUAUUCAUUGAGCUGAAUGAAUCCCCACCUGGCAGCAUCUGUACCGCAGCAUUUCUAGCUCAGCUUCAUUUAUGGAGAGGGAAGGGAAUAUAAAAUAUGAAAGGGAAAUGAUGCACAAGCCCACAAGAGGCUUCAACGGUAUCGGCAAGCUGUGAGCUGCGCAAGUGUACGGCUGGAGCGAGCGCCAGGAGCUUUUCAUAAGUCGGCUGGGAAGAUUUAAAGCCCUUGGUUUUAAGGUGGCAUUUUUAAAACAACUGGAUGAUGGAGUUUAGGACCAAAGUUAUUUGGGAGUCUUAAUGUCACUGAAAUUAAAGGGGAUUUGGGUUCUAGAUGUGCUCUAGAAUCAAAGCCACAUCAAUUUUAUCGCUGUAUAGCCACAAACUUCUGAUGUUUAUAGUAAAACAUUUACUGGGAAAAUGGAAUUUGUCAAAGGACCGCAUCAUCAGGCUCAGAAAAUGGGCUGUUACAGAUGAGUGCAGUUUGUGUCUGGUCCCUUUGGAAGACAGGACUUGCAGCUUUUCCUUUAUUGUGAGGGAGGUAUCGUUGCUCAUCAGUGAAAAACCUCGUCAGAGCAGUGCUCAGGGCUGCGCUGAGGGGGGUUAUUUGAGCAGCACAGCAGAUGGCAUCUACUGACCCAAGACAACUUGCGGAUAAUUCACUUUCCCAGUCUGUGCCCGUCCAGCGCUGCUGGGUGACGUCCCCGUCUGCAGGGAGCAGAGGCUCAGGUCUGCCAGGGCAGGACCUUGCUCACCCUCGAAGCCCUACAAGUGGGCAGCCCCAUGGCCCUGGCUUCUCCCCAGGAGGGACUAAACACCUGGUUACAAUAGGUGUCCCUUUCCUCUGUGGCAGCUCUGGCUGGGAAUAUCUCUGCUCACUCGGAGAGGCACGGGUUCUGUUUGGUAGAGGUGGCCUGAGCAUGGGGUUGCAGCAAGGUCCCGGAUGGGCAUCUGUGUCCCCCCGCUUUCUCCAGCCAGCAGGACAGCAGACAGCAGAGCUGUGAGCAUGGUGGGUAGAAACCUCCCCUUUUGCAGCAGUCAGAAAGUUGGGUGUAGAGACUCUGUAUUGGUUUGGUUAUUAAAAAUUCAGCAACAGAAUCUGAUACCAUAAUGCCAAGCCUUGACGAGACAUUCCAACCAUCACUAAGUCACACGCAGGUAGGAAGAGUUUUCCAGUCCUCCCUUUCCCAGGGCAAAGUCACUCCCUGGGUGCCAUGUCCCAGGCAAAAGCUGAGCGCUCUGUUUGUCUGUAAGGAUUAGCAUUUCAGGGACUGAGAUACAAUACAUCACAGGAGAAACAUUUUCUAACUAUUUGGGAAAUACUUAACUGAGGUGGUGCUCAAGUUGGACAGCACAGACCGCGCUGGAGCCAGGUGAGAGGCAGCGAUGUGGGGGCCCACGGCAGGUGCUGGCACAGGGAGGGACAGGAAAUCCUGGAGCAUCGUUCAUCAGUUCUCACGGAGUUACAGACCGUGCACAUCCUGCUUGUCACAGCUAAAAGGCGACUCGGAGCCUGUUUUCUGAGAGACCUUCCCAGGACCAUGGCAGGGCCUGGGUGAAGCCGUGGUAGGACUGGCAGCUGCUCUGCCUUCAGCUCCUGCCUUUUACCUGAGUCAGGGUGGAUGCCAUUGCUUUUUACAGGUACAGAGAGCUUUGUCUUUGGCAUUGCCAAAAUACCUGACCCAAGCUGGGGCUCUGCUUUCCUUUCUUGCCAUCCCCAGCUUCUCUCGUGUCAGAUUUCCCCUGGUUCCCGCUGCUGUGGUGGCUGAGCAGUGGUGGCUCCUGAGGGGAUGCUCAGAGCUGCACUGGCUUUAUAUUCAAUAGAAAAUGGUCCUCUCUUGGAUGUUGUUUGGAGUCCCUGGAAGGUGCAGAUGGCCAGAAGCAACCCAGCAAACCCAGCCUAGACAACUGGGUGAUUUGGAAGGUUAUGUUAAAUCCUUUCAAUGCUGGAGCUGCUGCUUGGGAAGCAGCAUGUCUCUUCUGAAGCACAGUAAAGGUGAGCUACAGGUGGGAAAGAAAUUGGGACAAAACUGCCCUGUUCUAUGCAACAACUGAGGGAGGGUGGGGAUAGCUGAAGAGGAAAGCAAUGUCAGCAUCAUGUGUGUCAACUGUUUUACAGUUCUUACUGUAAAAUAUCUUGCAGACCACAUGGAGAAGAAACAUCAGGUCAUUAUAUAGGUGGUAGGAGAGGGCCUGCUGGGUGGUUGCCGCAGGGACCAGCUACACACAGUCAGAUCAAGUUUCACUUGGUAAUGGGCGCUGGCCUGGGGGAAGGAUGGAGGAGUGAGCCCAAGUCUAUUCCCUGUCCCCGCAGACUCUCCCAGGACAUGGCUGUGCUCCCCUGCACUGACCAGGGCAAGCAGCCCGUGUCCUGAGGCCAUGCCGGGCUUGGUACCAAGCUGUGCUCCUCUAACUGGGUCGUGCUGCCUGUGCCUGGUCUCAGGCUGCUCCAUGCCCUGCACGGUUUUUCCUAUCCUGUCUGCUGGGACAUUUCCAGUUAAAUCCUGGAAAUGGCAAUGAAUCUUGCUAAAAUCAGGGGAGGAGAAAGUUUAAUAUCUCCAGUGAUGUGUAAAUGCUUAUUAUGUACUUUAAGAUCACAUAACGUGACUAUUAAAUCCAACAAGCUACACAAAGAAAAGACAUUUCCUAUGUGAAGAUAGGACCAAACUUCUGCAGCUGCUCAUCGUCAGACCUGGAAAGCUGGUGCACGAAGACACCACCACUGGCAUCUGAGGAGCUGUGACCCAAACCACAUAAGCAAAGCCACGUGGAGCAGCUGUUGUGUCUGGUAACUGGGUUUAAUGGCAGCCACGAGUGGCACUUGGGUUAGUAAGAUGUUUGCCUGAGGUGUGGAUGAUACAGUCCUCCUCAGCUUUCUUUAUGCCAUGGUUUCAUACUCGGAGGCUUUGUGGUAAAGCUGGUUUCUAAGCGGGGAAGGGGAAAAGCAGCCUCCUGGCUAACAAGGCGCCUGCUUCGUGCUAGCAGUCAUGUUUAAUCACGCCGAGGGACAGAGGUCUCAGCAGCCACGGCCAGCACAUGCCGCCUGCCCAAUGCACCGCUUGUCCGCAGCCUUCGGCGUUCAGAAACGCCAGUGGCGCUCCAGGGAUUUCUUGCUUUCUCUCAUUUAUCACACUGAAAAUGUUCAUAAAAACACUCCAGCUGCCAGCACUGGCGAGAAGAGCUGCAGCAGCGGGGGAAGACCUGUGACGGGCUGCCCUGCCUCCAUGGCACGGGUAACCAGGGCUUGCCUCUCCCUGCCACCAACACGGGGGAGGUGGAAGAGUUUUAAUUAGCUCUUAAUGCUAUUUUUUACCUCCUGGCGCUGCUUAAUUUAGCUCAAGCUGACAUGCACUGAUCAUUAAGGGGAAAAGAAGGAAGCGGGGGAGUUGGCCCCUCUCUGCUGAGCAGCCUGGUGGGAGCAGCCUCAUCUCCUGAAACCUGGGCUUUAACUGGGGCUUGUUCCUAGACCUUCUGUAGCAGUAAAAGUUUAUAGCCCAGAGAAAUUUCAUGCGCUGCCAUUCAUAAUUCACGGCUCCUGCAGGGCUGAGGGAAAGGCUUACGCUGCAUUUGUGGGUUCUGUUCAUACCCACUUCAGUUUAAAACAACAUAAAUAUCUUAUGGAAAAGGUGCCUGAGAUCUUCAAUCAUGCUGUGAGCUGCCUUGCUGCUGGAAUGACACAGAGACCUUGAAAAGCCAUCAUUGUGCAAGGAAGAGGCUUAUUCUCCUCUUUUUAAUAUACAAGGCCGUUGCAGGACUUUGUGCCAUUUUAAAUGACCAUGGAAGUGAAUGAGAACUAACUGUUAAAGAUUUAAUAUUCCCCUAGACCAGACCAGCCUUGGUCCUGGUGUGAAGGGGAUGCUGGCAGCUGAGCCAGCUGCUCUCCUCCAGCCACUGCAUACGCAGUGAGAUUACGUUGCCUUCUCUUAUCCCUGCUGCUGAGUUUGCUCAGGCUCCCUCUGCGCCAGCCAAGAUGAGCAGGAGGAAGCACUACACCAAAGCCAGAAGAGGGUCACUGGAUCGUCAGGUUACUGGAGUUUAUGUAUUUAGGAUCUGAAGUACAACCUGCAGUGUACAGCACGCAGGGGUUAGUGGGCAAGCACUGCUCCGCGCGGCCCAUAGCAACGAGGUUUCUGCAGGUCUUAUAGCAAAGUCCCCAGCCGGUUUGUUUUGCAGCACUAGAUAUUCCCCCUUUUAUUCUGCCUUUGUAGCUCUUUGUAACAGAGUAUUGAAACCAGCCGUUUGACUCAUGUCCCUGACUGCGAGCACUCUGACACGCUGCAAGGUAGGAGCUGCCGGUGCGUGGAAGCACAGACCUGCCUGCUGUCUGCCUGUCCCUGUGUCCCAGCCUUGCGCACCCCUCAUGUGAGUUGGUUGGAGGCGGAGAGCUGAGGCUGCACCGUCUCGUGCGGUCCAGGACCUCUCCCCUGCCCACUGCCAAAGCCACCCAGCUCCCAGCUCCUCCCAGAGCCACGCAGCAGCUGCAGCAGCCAUCGAGGACCCUCCUCGCUGUGACACUCGCCUCACAGUCAGCCUGCCAGCACCUGGGCUUCCCGCCUUCACAGGAACACUGCAGGUUCUGCUCGCCAAAACAUUGCUUCAGCCAGGGUUAGAAGAGCUGUCCCCACCGCCGCCUCGGCCCCCCAUGCUUUUGGGAAUGAGUGCCUGUGGCAGGAAGGCGCUGACCCUGCUCAGCAGCGUGUUCGCCGUCUGCGGCCUCGGCCUCCUGGGCAUCUCCGUCAGCACCGACUACUGGCUCUACCUGGAGGAGGGCAUCGUCCAGCCCCAAAACCAGACGGCGGAAAUCAAACUGUCGCUGCACUCGGGGCUUUGGAGGGUCUGUUUUCUGGCAGGUGAAGAGCGUGGCCGGUGCUUCACUAUCGAAUACGUCAUGCCCAUGAACAUCCAGCUGACAUCUGAAUCCACAGUCAACGUCCUGAAGAUGAUCCGCUCUGCCACCCCCUUCCCUCUGGUCAGCCUCUUCUUCAUGUUCAUCGGCUUCAUCCUGAGCAACAUCAGCCACAUUCGGCCUCAUAGGACCAUCCUUGCCUUCGUCUCGGGGAUAUUCUUCAUCCUGUCAGGUCUGUCCCUGGUGGUGGGGCUGGUCCUCUACAUAUCCAGCAUUAACGACGAGAUGCUGAACAGGACCAAGGACUCAGAAACAUUCUUCAAUUACAAAUACGGAUGGUCGUUUGCCUUCUCUGCCAUCUCGUUCCUUCUCACGGAGAGCGCCGGGGUGAUGUCUGUUUACCUGUUCAUGAAGCGAUACACGGCCGAGGACAUCUACCGACCUCACCCCGGCUUCUACCGUCCCCGUCUGAGCAACUGCUCCGACUACUCGGGCCAGUUCUUGCACCCGGACGCGUGGGCGCGGGGACGCAGCCCCUCGGAUAUCUCCAGCGAGGCGUCCCUGCAGAUGAACAGUAACUACCCGGCUCUGCUCAAGUGCCCCGACUACGACCAGAUGUCCUCGUCCCCGUGCUGAGCCCGGCCACCCCUGCACCCGCUCCCACCCAAGAGCCGACGGUCGCCACCUCCUGACGCUGUCUUUUUUCUUUUUUUUAGGCCACUCUUUCAGGGCAAAUCUCUAUUUAUGGGAGCAUAAAUAUAACCAGAGAGAUUGGUUAUAUAACCAAAACAUAACCCAAGCAAUUGGGAUAUUUUCCUUUCUUUGGUGUUUUUGGUUCCUCUCUUAUUCUUCCCUGCAUAACUAAAAAUCUCUCCAAAGCGCUCUUGUUUCAGCUCAUCCUACUGAGCAAACAGCAGUUCUGCCUGGGGGAUAAAUUCAGGGCUGGACCUGAGAGCAGAAAAAAGAAAAUAGAGUAGAACUAAGGAGAAGAAAAAAGUGGGGGUUUUUUGGUUUAGGUAGACUACAAAACUUUCUGCAUUUGCGUGUAUCAUUUAAUUACAGAUUUAUCAGCCUAAGCCAGCAGGCGUAAAAGAUUUGUGUAAAUUUCCAAGAAGUAGCCACUACUAGAAAAAUACAAAUUUUGUCCUGAUUGAUAUCUCUUGCUGUUGGAUAUCACUUCUAACUAGGCUGCAAUGGGAAAUAGCCAUCUUUCUCAACUAUACCUCAGCAGGCUUAGACAUAAGCAGGUGGUUGUUUCUCUACAGCCACUUGCAAACUGUUGCUUAAAUAUCCCAUGCUACACUGGAGGCACUACAGCCCUGGGGUGUCUGGGCUGUUGGGGUGGCUCAGCACCCAAAUUUACUCCUCCAUCCCUGGAGACCCAUGGAGGUCUGAAGAGUCUGGGAGAAUUUCAGUGCAGCAUUGAGUGGAAAAACUGCUGAAAAUUUUCCCACAGGAAACAUUAGGCACAGGAUUUAGGGGAAAUUAUUGCCAGAAGUGCAAGUUAUUUCAGUAAAAAGCGAGUUCGCAAACCAAACGCAAACUUUACAGUGGUGCAGCUAAAGUUAAUGGCACUAGUCCACCAUAGCAAAGUAGUUGGCUUAUAUUUCAUUUUUGGCAAGAAAAUGGUAUCUUAGCUGCUUUGUGUGUGUGUAUGGACCUUCUUUUGAGGUUUCAUUUUAAAAUUUCAUAUGAUGCUUUAGCAUUUUGGUCUUAGAAGACUUGACAGCUGCCAGGGUGAGAGCAUCACUGAUUGAAAAUGAAGGGCAGGGAAGGAGAAGGCCGCGUUCCCUUGUGUGCUCCUGUGCAAGCUGCGAGCUUGUCCCCUCUCAGGAGAAAGAGCUUUGUUCAAAUUUUAUUUCUGUUCUUGUUAUUUUAAAUCUUUCUGCAAAAUUCCUUUCUGCAAAACAAAACCCUCCAGGGGUUUUUGGUAUAUUUGAGCUUGUUUUGUCUUACUGUAAUUAAAACAAAUAGAAUACA